AUGCCCGCCCCCCUCUCUGUUGUUGAGACCCCUGUAAGAAGAGGAAAUGCUGGGUACUUGAAAGCCAGGAUAGGUGGGUGUGACUGCCAGGUUCUGGUAGAUACAGGAGCCUCCCGUUCUGUGAUUUCGCGAAAGCUGUGGUUGUCCUUCACUCGAGGGGUGGGUGAACUAACUCCAUAUGAGGGUAAUGUUACAGCUGCGAAUGGGGGAGGAAUGUGCAUUAUGGGAUGUUGGCAAACAACGUGUCAGCUGGGCCCCCUGGCUUUCGUGGCGGAAUUCUUGGUAUCAGACAUCCCCUCAGAUGAGGUGUUAUUAGGAUUUGAUUUUCUGUCCAAACAUGGCAUGGUGGUCGAUCUGGGCACCAAAACGUGUAAGAUCAUGGGCAGAGUGUUCCCACUGCUCGACUUGGAACCUUCUUUAAACCCACAGGUCGUAGUGGUGCAAACGGAUACCGUAGUUCCGCCGCGGAGUGAAGCUAUAAUACCAGGACAAAUUAAGGAUAGCUGGGGUGAUUAUGCCCAGGGGUUGCUAGAGCCGUCUGAACACCUUUCUAAGCGCUGUUGA